AUGGCUGUUUGCGAUGCCAAGUAUCCGUUUAUAGCUGCAAGCGUAGGAAGCUAUGACAGUCAAAGUGAUGGAGGAAUUUUUCGUAUGUGUCCAUUUGGAGAAUCUGUUUUAAACAAUGAAGUUCCAGUACCGCUAAGUAAACCGUUGUCUGUCACAUCCACUUCGCAAUUUCCGCAUUACUUUAUAGGAGACGCUGCAUUUCCUUUAAGGUCAAAUUUAAUGCGUCCAUAUCCGGGAACUAAUUUAGAUAGAACAAAGACUGUUUUUAACUAUCGUCUGUCACGAGCACGUCGGGUAAUUGAAAAUGCUUUUGGAAUCUUAGCAGCCCGUUGGAGAAUACUUCUAACAACUUUAGAAUGUUCUCCUGACAACAGCGAGAUUAUAGUUUUGGCCUGUAUUGCAUUACAUAAUUUUAUUAUGUUAAAUGAUCAAGAACGAUUUUAUUGUACAAUUCAUUUUGUUGAUCAUGAAGAGGAGGAUGGCAAUAUACAUGAAGGCGAAUGGCGUAGUCUAAUGGAGGUCAUCAACUAA